AUGGCUGCUGAGUCUAAUCAGAGUUCAAGCGACACCCAGUCGAUCUCUCAGGGAGUUCUCCCAAAAGGGGCCUUCCCUGAUGACGAAAAAAUCACUCUCGACGAUGGGAAGGACACCAAGGACGAACAUGUCUACAUCGCAAACACCCUCCCUCUGCCUCGCCAAAUCCUCUUCAUCCUGACCGUCUGCUCGGCCAUGUUCACGAACCAGCUCGGACUGGGCCAGACAAUGGAUAUGGUUCGAGUGAUUGGGGAGUGGUACGGAAUCACCAACAGCAACGAGUUGUCGUGGCUGGUGGCCGGCUACAGCUUGACCAUCGGCACCUUCGUCCUGGUUGCCGGCCGGCUAGGCGACGACUUUGGACACAAGAAAAUGUUCAUCAUCGGCAUGAGCUGGUACGCACUGUGGACGCUUGUCUGCGGCCUGGCAGUCUAUUCUUCUCAGGUCCUGUUCAUAUUCGCCCGUGUCUUUCAGGGCAUGGGACCGGCGGUGACGCUCCCCAACGCGAUCGCCAUCCUCGGCCAGUCGUACGCGCCCGGCCCUCGCAAGAACAUGGCCUUUGCAUUCUUCGGCGGCAGUGCCCCCUUUGGCGCCAUUGGUGGGUUUGCUACCGGUGGUCUCUUUGCGCUGGCCUGGUGGCCGUGGGCGUACUGGAGCGCAUCCAUCGCCCUCGCCUGUCUCGCCAUCGUCUCCAUUUACACGAUCCCACCUCAACCGACGAGCACCACGCCCAAUAUGUUGAUGUUCGGCCAGAAGAUCAUGCACCUCGAUCUUCCCGGCUGCUUUACCGGCAUUGCCGCGCUGGUGCUGAUUAAUUUUGCGUGGAACCAGGCCGCUGGAGUCGGCUGGCAGCCGCCCUACGUCUACGUGUGCCUGAUCCUAGGAUUCCUAUUCGCGGCCGCCUUCUUCUGGAUCGAACUGCGCUGGUCGAAAGACCCCAUCCUACCCCUGGCAGCCUUCAACUCCGACAUCGCCUUUGUGCUGGGCUGCACCGCCUGCGGCUGGGCCACCUUCGGGAUCUGGGUGUACUACGCCGCCGUAUUCGUCAUGGAGCUGAACAAAGUCAGCCCGCUGCUGCUCGCGGCGUGGUACAGCCCCGUGAUUCCGUCGGGGCUGUGCGCCGCGCUGGCGGUGGGCAAAAUGCUGGGCCGGGUCUCCGCCGCAUGGGUCAUGGUCAUUGGGAUGGUGGCGUAUCUGGUCGGAUCCAUUCUCAUCGCCACGUUGCCGACGCACCAGAUCUACUGGGGCAAUUUCUUCUGGAGCGUUCUGAUCAUCUGCGUCGGAAUGGACUCGUCCUUCCCUGCUGCGACGAUCAUCUUCUCCGACGCCGUCCCGGCCAAGUACCAGGGCAUCGGCGCCAGUGUGGUCAUGACCAUUGUUAACUACAGUAUCUCGCUGGGACUGGGCUUUGCGGGGACAGUGGAGCGGGAAGUCAACAACGGAGGACAUACGUAUGAGGAUAAGAAAAAGGGGUAUCGGGGUGCGUUUUACUUCGAGCUGGGCCUGUCUGGUCUGGGGUUGGUGUUGAGCCUUGCCUUCUUGAUCAAAGAUCACUUCCGCAAGAAGGCAAAGAAGGCUGCUGGUGGAGAGGAUCAGAGUGCUUAG